UCACUCUCAAUGGGGCGUGUGGUAAAUUGUGCGUGGAUCGUGGAGAGUAGCAUGAGCCUCCACAUGCUGUGAGUCUCCAUGGUGUCAUGCACAACGAGUCACGUGAUAAGAUGCGCGGAUUGACGCUCUCAGAAGCGGAGGCAACUGAGACUUGUCCUCCGCCACCCGGAUUGAGGUGAGUAACCGCGCCACCACGAGGACCUACUAAGUAGUGGGAAUUGGGCAUUCCAAAUUGGGAGAAAAGGGGAUAAAAUUAAUAAAUUAAUAAAUAAAUAAUAAUAAUAAAAAAAUGUUUGUUUGUCACACCACGUGACUAUUUAAGUGAACUGCUAAAAAAUUAAAAAAUUGUGACCAUUUACAACACCUAAAAUAGCCUAUAAAUAUAUAUUAAGAAUGUGCAAAAGUAAUCGACUAAUCGAGUACUCAUUCAGCACCAACUAAUCGACUAUUAAAAAUACUACUCGAAUAUCGCAAAUUGAUUUUCCUUUGUGCAUUUGCCUGCCGUAGGCAAUGCCGAAUUAUACUGUGCUUUCCCUCUGAAUCUUUCGACAAGUCUCACAGAUCCAACUGACUCAUUAAUGCACUGAGAAAUGUUAAUGCAUUAUUAAAACAUUAUGCAAUUAUAAAAUGUAAUGAGAACUGAAUUAAUGCAUAUUGUUCAUUUCAUUUCUUCCAAAAGAAACGCAGAGUUUAUUGAAUAUUCAUUUGUGAAUAAAACAAAAUAUAAUUUUCAGGCUGCUGAUUUGAGUAAACCCAUAGACAAGAGGAUUUAUAAGGGCACACUGCCCACCUGUCAUGACUCGAACCCCCUCACAGCCACUGCAGAGAGUGUCUCGCUGUUGGUGGGCUUUUCUGCAGGGCAGGUGCAACUCAUUGACCCCAUUAAAAAGGAAACGAGCAAACUCUUUAAUGAAGACAGACUCAUCGACAAAACCCCGGUGACAUGUUUAAAGUGGGUCCCCGGCUCAGAGAAUCUGUUUUUGGUGGCUCACGGUAGUGGUAGCAUGUACCUGUACAACGUCGACCACGCCUGUGGAACCACUGCACCUCAUUACCAGCUCCUAAAGCAAGGCGAAAACUAUGCUGUGCAUACCAGCAAGAGCAAAACAGUUCGCAAUCCUCUUCUCCGCUGGACGGUUGGUGAGGGCAUGGUCAACGAGUUCGCCUUCUCCCCUGAUGGCAAGUUUCUGGCUUGUGCCGGUCAGGACGGAUUCCUCCGAGUGUUUUGUUUUGAUUCCGCAGAACUCCACGGCACCAUGAAGAGCUACUUCGGCGGACUUCUAUGCUUGUGCUGGAGCCCCGACGGCCGUUAUGUUGUAACCGGCGGGGAAGACGACCUGGUGACGGUGUGGUCCUUUUCGGACUGUAGGGUUAUUGCGCGUGGACACGGGCACAGGUCUUGGGUAAGCGUCGUGGCGUUUGAUCACUGCAUUACUAGCGUACAGGACUGCGAAGUGCCAACGGAGUUCAGCGGAAGUGACGAAGAAUUCCAGGAACUAGUUCAAUUCAACGGAAGUCGGGAGCGGGCGAAUAGCGCCCAGUCUAGACUGUCCAAGCGGAACUCUACGGACGGGCGAGGUGUCAGUGUGACAUAUCGGUUUGGAUCUGUCGGUCAAGACACCCAGUUAUGCUUGUGGGACCUCACCGAAGACGUUCUGUUUCCUCAUCUUCCGUUGUCUAGGACUAGAACUCACACAAAUGUCAUGAACGCAACUACUUCUUCCACCCCAAGUGGAGAUACCGUGACUCUCGGUACUAACGGUAACAAUAGCGUAAGCAGUAGUGGCAGUUGCGCCCCCUCGAACUCAUUAUCACCCCCUUUACCCCGUUCAAACAGUUUGCCACACUGUUCACCAGCAGGGGGCAGUAGCCCCAACAAGCCCACCAGCAUCAUGGACGGCGCUUUGAUAGCCACAGGUGUUAGCAAAUUCGCAACGCUGGCUGUUCACGAAGCGUGCAAGGAACGGCAUGCUGAAAAGGACCACAAACGCAAUCACAGCAUGAGCUACAUCAGUAACAAGAGCAGUGACAAGCUUAACCAGUUGACUGGGACGCGCGUGACCAAAACAGACGUUGCUAAGACACUAGGGACUGCCCAGUGUCCGUGCAUGGAGGAAGUGCCGUUACUAGAGCCACUAGUGUGUAAGAAAAUCGCCCACGAGCGACUGACUGUUUUGAUCUUCCUGGAGGACUGUCUGGUUACAGCCUGUCAGGAGGGCUUCAUUUGCACAUGGACAAGACCUGGAAAAGUGGGUCUGUUGCCGUCCCAAAACUCAGCUAACUCUCCGGCUAACUCUCAGAGCGGGACGGUUGUAUAGCUGCUGUGAUUUGUGCUGUGCACACAGAACCGGGCCUGAGCUGAGAAGAACUGACACAGAUCUACAGACACAUUAAAUCAACACUGUCACGUGUGUGUUGUCAUGUUUGCUUUGAGGGAUGUAUUUACUGUGCACAGGGGAAAAAGGGUGAAUCUCAUGAAAACCUGUCAGGAACAUGCCCAGGUCGUAUUUCACCCCCAAAUCAAAAAUAAAUAAGUUAUAUUUUGCAUAAAGAAAAUUAAGCCUGUGUUAGGACAGUUAAGAUUUAAUGUGCUGUAAUAUUAAUUUAUUGGAAAUCAAGUUAAAAUGAAAAAAUCUUAAUAGUCCUAAAUAUAAGUUUGAUUUUGCAGUGAAAUAUGAUCCAGACAUGUUCUUGAGAGUUUUUGCGAGAUUCACCCAUAAAGAAUGUGGAGUUGAGCUGAUGUUCUGUGUUGUGUUCAGGAUUUUCAAUAAUAGUUCCUCUAAUUAGCAUCAGUUCCUCUUUGUUCUUUUAAAACUACCAUAGUUCACAGUCCAAUCCUUCCACUUAUAAUUCUAGUUUGUCACGACGUCCAGAUUUCCUCGCUUGAAUUCUGAGCUCAGAACAAACAGAGUCAGAUGUAUUUUGCACUGAUUGUCUUGUGUCUUUCCUUCAUAAAUGCAUUGGAACAAAAACACGUUCAAAGCCAUUGAUGUGUCUCAGUGAUGGCGUGUCGCUUCCCUCGUCAGUGCUGGAUGUUGCAAUCGUACUUUUAGAGUGAAAGGAAGAAAAUCGAUUGCAUUAAAUAAUUAUUACAAAAAAUGGCUUUACAAUUUUGAGUUAAACAAGGACUCCCAGGAAAUGCUGUAAAGGAGAACCAAAAAUCUUUUGAACAUUUAUUUUAAUAUUGUUUCAGAUGAAACGGGUUAUUGUACAAUGUGUCAAUAUUGUAAAUUAAAGAUUUAUAAUGGAUUGAAAUGAUAACACAAAAUAGUAA